AUGCGUUUCUUCCAAGCUCUCGUCGCUCUCCCGCUCAUUGCCGGCGCCGUCGCCAGCCCUCUGGACACACGCGCGACCCUUGAAAACUGCAGCGGUGAGAGAACAGAAAUGAUCAACAACGCCAUUGCCCAGGCCGGCAAGAUGGCCCAGGCGGGAGUCGACCUUAUCCGCUCCAGAUCCGACUACUCGAACAAUCUCUUCCAGGCCUUCUUCAAGGUCACCGAUGACCAAUCCAAGAACCGCGUUGUAAGCGCCUUGGAGAGAAUCGCUCAGGAAGCGCGGGCCGGAAACCAGGGCGUUGUGUCCUACUACUGCACACCGGAGGGUAUCAACUGUGUUGACAGCCACGCUUUCACCAUGACUGCCUACGGUGAGACGGAUGGAACCUACGGACGCAUCCGCACUUGCCCGGCAUACUUCACCAAGUUCCCCUCGUGGUCGAAUUCCUGCGAUGUCCUGGAUCAGGCCACUUCCAGCUUGCACGAGAUGGCCCAUACCAAGGGUGUCUUUGGGCCUGAGACGUAUGGCUACGAUCAAAUUCAUGGACUGAAUGCUGGUGCUGCGUUGGAGAAUGCGGAGAGCUACGCGUUCUUCUCUAAGUCGGCUUUCCUCAACUGCCGGCCCUAA